CGCAAGACGAUUUUUUUCAGUUUGUUUUCGGCAUUAACUCUCCCAUUUUCUGCUUAUAUCUGACACAAAAUUGCAAAAGCCAUCCGGCAUGGAUAUUGAUGUAUAUGUUGACAAGACACAGACUCUUAUUGAGCUUGAAAGAGAAACCGAAAAGGAAGAAACGAGAUCACUGCUUGAAAAUGUUCCUGCCAAAGAGCUGCAGCGGAGAGGUGUGUGCCUGCUCAACUUACGACUUGGCAGCCGUCGGACUGGAUUGUUUGGAAGGACCGUCUUGACCUUUGAACCUUUCUGGCAAGAUAAGGAAAUGCCAUCACAUAAUAUGAGUCCAGGUGACAUAGUUGCCCUCAGCCCAUCGCAUGAGCAGAUUGAGACUACUGCUACGGGAAUUGUAUCUCAAGUUCGUCAGAAGAGCGUUAGCAUAGCAUUUGAUGAGUCACUCGAUGCCCUCGACUUGGAUGCAGAUACAGAGAAAUAUAAAUUGGUUAAACUGGCCAAUGACAUCACAUAUAAAAGAUUAAGAAGGGCUCUCGGUGACCUGAAGAACUACCGCUCGGGUCCAAGUAAUCAUCUGGUGAAUGUCCUGUUUGGUAGUUCGGAGUUAAAGCCGCCGCUGAACAUAACUAAUGAUCUGGUGUUCCUAAAUGAGAAUUUAGAUGCAUCGCAAAGAGAGGCUGUGAAGUUCGCCCUGAAUCAGUCGGAUGUUGCUAUCAUCCAUGGGCCACCUGGGACUGGAAAAACCACGACUGUCAUCGAGAUCAUUCGUCAAGCCAUCAGUUUGAAAAUGAAGGUGCUGGCAUGUGCUCCGUCAAAUAUCGCCGUCGAUAAUCUAGUGGAGCGACUCGGUGAGAAGGGCUCACGUAUUGUUCGGCUUGGCCAUCCUGCUAGGGUGCUACACAAUAUACAGAAGUACUCCUUGGAUGCUAUACUAUCGUACAGUGACGAGACGAAACUAGUUGAGGACGUCAGGAGGGAUAUGGACCAAACUAUGGCAAAAAUGAAGAAAGUUAAAGACAGAGGAUCUAGGCAGUCAUUACGAGAAGAUAUGAAACAUCUCAGGAAGGAACUCCGGGAGAGAGAAUCCGCUGCCACUAAAGAUAUUCUACGACGUGCCGAUGUCGUCUUGUCAACCCUGACAAGUGCCACGCGAGAUGGCCCGCUGAAAUAUUUAGAAGACGGACAUUUUGACCUGGUUGUGAUUGACGAGUGUUCACAGGCGCUGGAAGCUGCUUGCUGGAUUGCUCUGCUGAAUGGACCGCGGUGCAUCCUAGCUGGAGACCACCAGCAGUUGCCUCCUACUAUCAUGUCGAAAAAAGCUGCGAAAGACGGCCUUGAAGUGACCUUGAUGGAGCGAGUUCUGAAGCAGUCCGGUGAUCAAGUGAUGAGGAUGCUGACCACACAGUAUCGGAUGAACGAGUUGAUCAUGCAGUGGUCGUCAGAACAGCUCUACAAUGGCAAACUCGUGGCUCAUGAAUCCGUGGCAAAACACUUGCUCAGUGACUUGCCAGAGGUUGAAGACUCCGAAGAGACAAGACUACCGUUACUGCUGAUAGACACUGCUGGCUGCGACCUGCCGGAGCUCCAGCUACCUGAGCAAAUCUCCAAAGCCAACGAGGGCGAGGCAGACCUUGUGGCCGUGCACGUCGAAAGUCUUAUCUCCAGCGGGGUUAAACCUGAGACAAUCGCCGUAAUCGCGCCGUAUAAUCUCCAAGUUGAACUGUUGAGGAUGAGACUUGCGCACAAGUACCAGAAACUCGAGAUCAAGUCGGUCGAUUCGUUUCAGGGGAGGGAGAAGGAGGCGGUAGUGAUAUCGUUGGUGAGGAGUAACGAAAAAGGUGAAGUUGGUUUCCUGGCCGAAGACCGACGUAUCAAUGUGGCCAUCACUAGAGCUCGGCGUCACCUAGCGGUCAUUUGUGAUACUCAGACCGUUGGUCAUCAUGGAUUUCUAAAGUCAUUGGUCGACUAUAUGAGCGGGAAAGGGGAAGUAAGGUCGGCACAUCAAUAUCAGCAAGAUCACUCGAUUGGCGAGACGUCACAGCGACCUGCACAUUUGACAGAUCAGCUCAAACAGACAGCCAAUCAGGGUGGCGCAAAGCCAAAGGUCAACAAGAAGCAAAAUAAAGAAAAGGGAAAGCCAAAGUCGACAGCUACUGACCGAAGGGAAGGGCCUGCUAUCAAGAGGGAAGCUCCUGUGCCAGUAGACAAUGACCAGUUAUUAGAGCUACAACUUACUGUCGAGUCAUUUGCUAACAAUAGCCAGAGAAAGGAGCAUGCAUUUCCAUCAGUGCUGACCUCAAGAGAAAGGAGGCUUAUACAUGAGGUGUGCGAGCAGUUGGGUUUGAUUCAUGUCAGCCAAGGCGAAGGAGAUAAAAGACAUAUUGUGAUGAGAAAAAAGGAAAAGAAUGAUGCAAAGAAAGAACAGAGCGGUACUAGUUCAAUUCACGAAACGAAUAAAAAUGUCCCAAAAAUCUUUAAUGAUUUUGAACCAGCUUUAAAAAUGGAUCCAGAAAUGGAUGAAAAAAGUGAAGUUCAGAUUGAAGGAAAACAGAAAAGGAAAAAUAAGAAGAAAAAGAAAAAGGAACAUUCUAGUGGGACGUUUUGUGAUGGGGAGGUAACGGAUGGUGUGAAUGAUAAACAGGUCGAAGGUGUAAAUGAGGAUGUGUUGGUACGAGUUGAGACCCCCGGAAUUGUUGUUUGUGAGAAAUGUGGCAAAGGUAUUCCUAAAAACAAUUACGACCUGCACCUCCUUCGAUGUGGAACAUUCAAGGAGCAGCAGGUGGAAGCGCAGGGUGUGAUGGGCGCAGGUUCAUACAGCCAGCGCGCAAGUGCUAAUUCCGGUGUUGGGAACAUCCAUGUAGGUGCAAAAUCAAAGAAAGGUGCUAAACCAAAAACUAAGGGCGUAAAAUUGUUAGAAAAUAUCGACGGUGAUGAUUUUGAUGCUCUAAUAGCCGCGGCUUCGAAAGUUGACAAUGUCUGUAAUUUUGUGAGAUGUAAAACUUCGACGACUUGUGUCGGCCAAAAAUGUGAUUUUUGUGCUUUGAGGUUCUGUUUGUCGCAUCAUAUACCUGAGGUCCAUGGGUGUGGUGAUGAGGCCAAGUUGGCUGCUAGGCAGACUUUGAUUCGGGAAGGCGUUCUGUAUAGGGGUAGUGGUGUGCCGAAUAAGAAGCCCAAUGCUCAGAAGAAAGCUUAUUUGCAGGGUAAACUCGAUAAGGCAAUGAAUGAGAAGGCGGGGCAGAGGCAGAAAAAGAAGAAGGAAGAUAAGAAAUAAUUUGGGACCCAUGGUGGUCAGGCACGGAUCCAAGGCUUGAGGGAAAUCCUUGCCUGGGCACCUCUUACUUCAGGAAAGUCUUCGAAAUUGAAAUAAAGUGAAAUAAAAUCUCAAAAGACUUGACCAUGAAAUUAUGCAAAAUGAAGGCCCUGGGCCCCUCUUUUGCAGAAUCUUAGAUCUAUCCCUGCCACCAUUUGGGUGAUAAUUUGUUUUCCUUUAUGUUUGUCCAGGCUUCAGCCACGGAUCCAAGGAGGGCAAUCUCAGCCCUGUCCCCCUAAUUUAUGAAAAAAUAUUCGAAUCUGACCAUGAAAUUUCCUUCUUUGAUCUGCCCCUGGAGUUAGUCCUGCCAAUAAAGUCGAUAAUCCAGUUCACAGGAAAAAAUCUGGUGAUGUCUUUUAGACGUCCAUGAUGGCCAAUUAGGUCCAUUUGACAUCGGUCAACUUGAUGUCAAUCGAACGAAUUGUCAAAUACUGUAUUAAAACUGUGAAAUUUUCACCGCUCUGAGAAUUCGCAAAUUUUUUCAUUUUCAUUUCGCAAUAGACUUGCAUAUUUAAUACUUUGCUACCAAAAUUGAAUGGUUUAAUGCAUAAGAUUUGACAUUUUCGCUCACUUUCUACAAGUUCGCGUUUGUUGGUGCAAUUGCAAAAAUAAAAGCGCUCACAGAAAUUUGACGUUUUCCAGUAGUUGUUAUUUUGUUGAUGUUUACAUUUACAUCUCAACCAUUUACAUGUGAUGUCUAAUGGACAUCUGUCUAACAAGAUGUGUAAUAGAAAUCGAAAACUAGAGAUUUAAAAUCAUGAUUCCAUGCAACAAAAAAUGCUUGUUUGCGCUAGUACUGUAGAAGAGAAAAUUUUCACAACAUAGCAUUUUCGCAAAUGUUGAAUGAUGGACAUAUUUGCGUCAGAAUAUUUUCGCAAGUCAAGAAUAUUUUUCUCAAAAAAAUUAUAUUGUGUACUUGACAUACAUGUGAGUCCAUGCUGCACCGUACAAUGUAGAUGUAUAUUAUCAGAAUACAAUGUACUCAAAUCCACUGUCAACAUGUCUCAUUGUGUCCAGUAAUUAAGCCUAUAUAUAAAGAUAUAUCUUCGCGAACAUGACCCACUCACGAAAAUAUCCUGCCCCUGAAACUUUCUGUUCUACAGUAAAUGCAGGUGCAAGAGUUAGUAAUCACCUUGAUCAGCAGUUACCAGUUUUACAAGCAGACAAGAGAUAUUUUUGUUGCACAUUCCAGCAAUUAUAAGUGCAGGUUGUAGCAACUAAAUCACUCAUUUGCGUGUUGCUUGAAAAAUAGAAGGGUGCUCGACUCAUUCUUCCCUCUUGUUAGGUGAUACAUAUACUGAAUUUAAAUAAUGAGGUUUUGUCUAAUAUAUAGAAUUUUUAGCAAUUAUACUUCUGUUUUUCCAAUAUACUCUAUCCCCAUAACUGUAACACCAGUCAAAGAAAAGUCACUAGGCCCACCUUAAUGGUGAAUAUUCAUGACCCUAGCAAAAGCCUGUUAUAAUAGAGCAAGGCAUAUCAGUCAUACCUGGUCAAAUUGCAGACAGAACUCGAGGUCAAGGCCUGGGCUGAUCCGUUUUGAUUGGUAGACGGUAAUAAAGGCACUGGAAAAAAAGGCACUGGAAAAAAGUUAUGGAAAAAAGGCACUAGGUAAAAAAGGCACUAGAAAAAAAGGCACUGGGUAAAAAAGGCACUAGGUAAAAAAGGCACUGGAAAAAAAGGCACCAGGAAAUCGCUAUACUAGGUAAAAAAGGCACUGGAAAAAAAGGCACCAGGAAAUCUCUAGGUUAAAAAUUCAUUUUGGGUGCCCCCCCCCCGUGCAUUUCUAUAUGUGUAAUGUGCUAAGUGUAAUGUGCUUCCAAGUCUUUCUCACCAAUAAAACUGCAAUGAGACUCAUCAAGAAUGUUUUGCUAGAUGUCAAUAGCCACUCUUGUGAAACUAUUGUAUCUUGUAGAAAUAGGUCAUUGGUGAGGGAACCCUGAAUUACCUAGUGCCUUUUUUUCCUAGUGCCUUUUUUUCAAGUGCCUUUUUUUCCAGUGCCUUUUUUACCUAGUGCCUUUUUUCCGUACCUUUUUUUCCAGUGCCUUUUUUCCAGUGCCUUUAUUACCUACAUUCGUUUUGAUUACGACAGCCUUCUAACGUCUUACAUGGUGAAUAUUAUUUGACUGGUUCGGGGUGGAGUUAUCUGGUGUUAUAGUUCCGGAGAAAGAGUAUAUACCCUUAUCACACACCAACUGACAAUAGCAAUCUUGUAAGUGUAUUUGCCCUAUCUUUUCACUGGGGUCCCUUCCAUUGAUUAUCUAAUGUACAGGAGGACUGAGAAAUUUAGACCCCAAGCACCUUUAUGUCGUGUUUCCCACUUCAAAUAAUUGUAUGGCAGAGACAUUGAUACAAAUACUUUUCAUACCACUAAUGCAACUUUUCAUACCACUAAUGCAAAAUAACAGUUUCCAUACAUUAGGUGGGGUACGCAAUGGGGUUCACCACAUGCGGGGCGGUUUUUCUUUGCCCACGUGAUGAAUGGGCAUUGUCCAUUUGCUCCACCUCGGUCACGUCAUGAAUAAUGCCUAAACACGAUUGUCUAGUAAUACAACCCAUUCAAUUCAUUUAAAAUCCCCUCGACCAAUGGUAGUGGACUGCAAGUAGUGGGUGUCUCUGGUCAUACGGGUCUGCGCCAUGAUCUGAGCCAAUCAGUCCAAUCCACUGGGCCUUACCUUUGUAUUUGGUAUGCGAGGUGUUAAUCCCUUCGGGCCUCUAAAAUAUGGCGCCCAAAGACGGUAUACGCGAGGAAGCCGAGUAUAUCCCCGUUUUAUUU